AAUGAGUAAGAAGAGCCACCAUAAUCCAUAAUCAUAAUUCAUAUUUCAUAGCUCUGAAACUUUAUAUGUAGGAAUCAAUUUUAUUAUCCAUUGUCCGAAACAAAUAAAGAAAGAAAGAUGUUCGUUAAGCCCCAGUUAGAAACCAGUUGUUUUUACACUUUGUGUUCCGCAAAAAUCUCGCCACCCAACAAUAUUGGAGUUUCUGUUUCAGUUCCUUCUCUAGAAACAAGUAAAGAACCCAUUAACAAACGCAGAGAUAAAAAUUUGCAUCAAAGUUCCUAUGUAGGAGUCAACAAGAAGUUCAACAGAAUUCACAAGUAUAACCGCUCUGAUAAGCCAAAUUCUGUGUUCCAUGAAACCGACUUGGAAAAACGAAGUUUUGAGCGAAACCCAGUUAGAGAAGAGGGAGAAAACAGAAGGGUUGAUGCUAGAAUAUUAAGUAAAAGAAAUAUUGGCAGUAGAUUUGAAGAUGGUAACGCGAAUGGUAAAGUGCAGGCCAGAUGUUCGAUGAAAUGGGCCUCUUAUGGAGGUUGUAUACCGUUAAUGUUGCAGGCUUUGGAGACUGUUAAAGAUUUGGACGAGGCUUUAAAGCCUUGGGAAGAGAAGAUUAGUAGAAAAGAAAGAAGCAUUAUUUUGAAGGAGCAGUCAAGUUGGGAGAGAGCUUUAGAGAUUUUUGAGUGGUUUAAGAGAAAGAAAUGUUACGAGAUGAAUGUGAUUCAUUAUAAUAUCAUGCUCAGGAUUUUAGGCAAAGCUCAUAAGUGGAGUAAUGUUGAGAGUUUGUUGGACGAGAUGGAUAUUAAAGGGAUUGGGCUGAUUAAUUCUACCUAUGGUACUUUGAUUGAUGUUUAUAGCAAAGGUGGGCUUAAGAAAGAGGCAGUCCGUUGGCUUGAAAGGAUGAAUGAACGAGGCAUGGAGCCCGAUGAGGUGACGAUGGGGGCUGUUUUGCAAAUGUAUAAGAAGGCAGGGGAGUUCAAACAGGCGGAGGAGUUUUUCAAGAAGUGGUCGUCUAGAGAAUCCAUGAGGGGGGAAGUAACAGCUAAAACAAUGAUUGGUAGAGUAAAAAAUGGAUCACAAACACAUGGUUGUUUGAGCUCAUAUACCUAUAAUACUUUGAUUGAUACAUAUGGGAAGGCAGGACAACUUAAAGAGGUGUCUGAAACUUUUGCACAGAUGCUCAGAGAAGGGAUUGUUCCGAACACUGUGACUUUCAAUACUAUGAUACACAUUUAUGGCAACAAUGACCAGCUAGGAGAAGUGACUUCAUUGAUGAAGAAGAUGGAGGAACUUAAGCGUCCACCUGACACGAGAACAUAUAAUAUUCUCAUUUUCCUCCAUGCUAAACAUGAUGAUAUAAACAAGGCCGCUAGCUACUUUACAAAGAUGAAGGAGGCUUGCCUUGAACCAGAUAUUGUGAGCUACCGCACCCUUUUGUAUGCCUACUCAAUAAGGCAUAUGGUUUCUGAAGCUGAAGAACUCAUAGUGGAGAUGGACAGAAAGGAUCUUGAGAUUGAUGAAUAUACCCAAUCUGCUUUGACCCGAAUGUAUAUUGAAGCUGGGAUGUUGGAGAAGUCAUGGUUGUGGUUUAAAAGGUUUCAUCUUGCAGGGAAUAUGAGCUCUGAGGGCUAUUCUGCCAACAUUGACGCAUAUGGGGAGCGAGGGCAUAUUUUGGAAGCUGAGAGAGCUUUCAGUUGUUGCCAAGAAGGGAAGAAGCUGACUGUUCUUGAGUUUAAUGUGAUGAUAAAGGCAUAUGGAAUGGGAAAGAAUUAUGAUAAAGCGUGCCAGUUAUUUGAUAGCAUGGAGAUUCAUGAUGUAGCUCCUGACAAAUGUAGCUAUAAUUCCCUUAUACAAAUUUUAGCUGGUGCUGACUUGCCACACAUGGCAAAACCCUACCUGAGAAAGAUGCAGGAGGCAGGACUUGUCAGUGAUUGCAUCCCAUAUUGUGCUGUGAUCUCAAGCUUUGUGAAGUUAGGGCAGUUGGAAAUGGCGGAGAUACUAUAUAAGGAGAUGAUUCAAUUUAAUGUGGAGCCUGAUGUUUUUGUCUUUGGUGUAUUGAUAAAUGCUUUUGCAGAUGCUGGAAGUGUUAAGGAAGCUAUCAGUUAUUUUGAUGCGAUGGGAAGUGCUGGAUUGCCUGCAAAUGCUGUCAUAUAUAGCUCCUUGAUUAAGCUUUAUACCAAAGUUGGUUAUCUGAAAGAAGCACAAGAAACUUACCAAAUGCUUAAAUCACUGAAGGUGCAUCCUGAUAUGUACACUUCAAAUUGUAUGAUUGACCUCUACAGUGAGCGGUCUAUGGUUAGACAAGCAGAAGAGCUUUUUGAGAACUUGAAGAAAACUGGGGAUGCCAAUGAGUUUACGUUUGCAAUGAUGUUAAUCAUGUACAAGAGAAAUGGUAGGUUUGAAGAGGCCACUCACAUUGCUAAACAGAUGAAAGAAUCGGGACUUAUAACUGCUUUAUUGAGUUACAAUAAUGUGCUUGGGUUGUAUGCAUUGGAUGGGAGAUUUAGAGAGGUGGUUGGAACUUUUAAGGAAAUGGUGAAUUCUGGCGUUCAACCUGAUGAUUAUACAUUCAAAUCACUUGGAGCUGUUCUCAUGAAAUGUGGAGUUCCAAAGCGAGCUGUUAACAAGCUGGAAUUAACAAGGAAGAAAGAUGCUCAGAGUGGUUUGCAGGCAUGGAUGUCAACACUUUCAUGUGUGGCUGGAGUAGAUGAUGAUGAAGAUGGUGAUGGUGAUGGUCCUUAGAUAUUUCUCUGCAACAAGUUUUUUGAGUAUG